AUGGCUGCUACCCCUAACACCCUCCUGAUCGAGGGCACGUUUGCUGAGCUAGCGGACGAGCUGGCCCAGUAUAUCGAUGCCAUCCGCAAAGUGGAGAAGGGCGUCUAUGCCGAAAUCACACCAGCACUCGAGGUCCUACGGGGGAUAGAUCAGAUAGAAGAGCCUAGUGCUGCACAGCGGCAGCAGAUUCUGUCCAAGAGGGAUGAGGUUCUGAAGAAGAUCGUUGUGGCUGCGCAAGCAUUGAAUACAGCUCCAGAAAAGGAAAUCACCGCUGCUUAUAAUCUCCUUAUCCACCUCAUCCGCCAGUCCUCGUCCGUCAACAUGUUCCUCCCACGGAUUUGCGGUUACCUCGCCAAACCAUUUACAUCCUCUCCACAGCAUGGCUCAAGCCUUGCUAUAUCCAUCCUCUCUACUAUCUUCAAUACCCUCGCUCCUCAAGAUACAGGUCGCUAUCACGUGUUCCUCGCUAUCCUAGCAGUCAUCCGCCAGGCGCCCUCCGUGUUUGCAUUCACUGCUCUCAAAUCACAGCUUAACACGCAGCUCCCCAUCUGGAUAGGGUCCUGGGACCUUGAUGAAGAGGAUCUCCAACGCCUUCACCUGGCUAUAUCCGACGCGGCCAAAGAAGCCGGCGACCAUGAACUUUCACACUCCCAUCUUGUCUCCGCCCUCCAAGCCAUCCCUCCCUCCGAAGCAUCCUCUCCCGAAGCCCAUGACCUUGCUCUGCGCGCCCUCCUAUCAGCUCUUACCUCGCCCUCAGUCUUCGAUUUCACCCCCCUCACUGCAUCCGACGCCAUCCAGUCCCUGCGAACAAGCGAACCCCACCUCUUCGAACUCCUCGAAGUCUUCGCAGCAGACACCCUAGAUGUAUACGAAGACAGCAUUAAAUCCACACCACUCUCCGCCAUCCACAACCUUUCCGCCUCCGCUGAAAUCCUCCAAACAAAGAUGCGCCUCCUCACCCUCGCCAGCCUCUCGGCCUCCACCCCAUCCCGCUCCCUCCCAUACGACACAAUCGCAAACGCCCUGCGUAUCCCACGCGCGGAUGUGGAGAAAUGGGUCAUCGACACCAUCCGCGCCGGGCUUGUGGAGGGCAAACUCAGCCAGCUGAAGGGCGAAUUCCUAGUGCACCGCGCGACUUACCGCGUGUUUGGCGAGAAGCAGUGGGCGGAGAUUCAGGGGCGGCUGAUGGUGUGGAGACGGAGUUUGGAGAACGUGUUGGGUGUGGUGAGGAGUGAGAAGGAGAAGUUCGUACGGGACGAGAUGGCCGCGGCCGCCGCGGCCAAUGCGGCUGCUACUGCUGCUGCUGCUGCAAAUGCGGAGGGUGGUGCGCAGAGGGGUGGGGAGAGGAGGAGAGGUGGUGGUGGACAUCAUCAGCAAAGACAGCAACACCAAAUGCACGAGCAACAGCCGAGAGAGGUUGAGUUGGUUGGCGGGGGCGAUUAG